GGGCGGCGGCGCGGGCGCGGGGGCGCGCGGUGACUGUUGGGUUGUCGCUGAGGGGAGGAGGCAGCGCGGCCGCCGCCGUUGCGCAGAUCCGGGCCGCUGCUGUGGGGAGGGCGCCGGGGCCAGUGACCUUCCGGAGGCGGGAGCGAGCCAGGGGGCCCGGGACGCCGAGCGCCGCCGCCGCCGCCGCCAUGAACAACUCGGGCGCCGACGAGAUAGGGAAGCUCUUCGUGGGCGGUCUUGACUGGAGCACCACCCAAGAGACUCUUCGCAGCUACUUCUCCCAGUAUGGAGAAGUUGUGGACUGUGUGAUCAUGAAAGAUAAGACAACCAACCAGUCUCGAGGCUUCGGGUUUGUCAAGUUUAAGGACCCAAACUGUGUGGGCACAGUGCUGGCCAGCAGACCACACACACUGGAUGGUCGAAAUAUCGACCCAAAGCCAUGUACACCUCGGGGAAUGCAGCCAGAGAGGACGCGGCCAAAAGAAGGCUGGCAGAAAGGACCCAGGAACGAUAACAGUAAAUCAAAUAAGAUAUUUGUUGGUGGAAUUCCUCACAAUUGUGGUGAGACAGAGCUCAGGGAAUACUUCAAGAAAUUCGGAGUGGUCACAGAAGUGGUCAUGAUCUACGACGCAGAAAAGCAGAGGCCUCGAGGUUUUGGAUUUAUUACUUUCGAGGACGAACAAUCAGUGGACCAGGCUGUCAACAUGCAUUUUCACGACAUCAUGGGCAAAAAAGUGGAGGUUAAACGGGCUGAACCUCGCGACAGUAAAAGUCAAGUGCCUGGACAGCCAGGGGCCAGCCAGUGGGGCAGCCGCGUCAUGCCCAGUGCCGCCAAUGGCUGGGCAGGCCAGCCCCCACCUACGUGGCAGCAAGGAUAUGGCCCACAAGGAAUGUGGGUGCCAGCAGGACAGGCAAUUGGUGGCUAUGGACCGCCCCCUGCGGGAAGAGGAGCUCCCCCACCACCUCCGCCAUUCACCUCUUACAUUGUGUCCACCCCUCCUGGAGGGUUCCCUCCUCCACAGGGCUUCCCGCAGGGCUACGGAGCCCCCCCACAAUUCAGUUUUGGCUAUGGGCCUCCACCUCCACCGCCAGAUCAGUUUGCGCCACCGGGGGUCCCCCCUCCACCUGCCACUCCUGGGGCAGCACCUCUGGCCUUCCCGCCGCCUCCCUCUCAGGCUGCCCCGGAUAUGAGCAAGCCCCCAACGGCACAGCCAGACUUCCCCUACAGUCAGUAUGGGCUGUGGUCACUGAGCACGUGGGUUCUCGACCCUGCCUGGAACAGGACGUGUUGGCGGCAGACAUGUUAUGGACAGGACUUGGCCGGCUUUGGGCAGGGUUUCUCAGACCCCAGCCAGCAGCCCCCCUCCUAUGGGGGCCCCUCAGUGCCAGGCUCCGGGGGCCCCCCUGCUGGUGGAAGUGGCUUCGGACGAGGUCAGAACCACAAUGUUCAAGGAUUCCACCCCUACCGACGCUAGCUAGCUGGUGCCACGCAGGCGGCUAGAUGGCUGAGACCCAGGAUUCGAAACUUGUGAACUCGUGACAAUCACAAACUUGGCAGAAAAAUCGCGAUUCAACCUUGGGGGGAGGGGCAGACGUGAGGCUUUUGGAGGCGGCUGUGGGUGACUGAACUGAAGUUUUUAAAUAUAUUUCUUUCUCUAACCCAUCAGCACAAUAAAAAAAAAGUCACUGGUUCAACAACAGGGUUUUAAAAAGUCUUCAGCUUUAAUUCAAAACUUCAGGUUUCUUUUUCUUCCUUUUUUUUUUUUUUGAAAUUAUUUUCCUGAGCCUUUUGUUUUACCGUAUAUUGUAAACUUUUAUGUUAAAGAAAAAAAUAUACAUUUACAAAUUGUGAGAUUUUUAAGAUAAAUUUUCUACAAUGUAUACUGGCUUAUUUUUUAAUUUAAAACAGGGUUUCUGUCGGCACUGGUGGAAGUGAGGGGCAUUUUUGGGCCCCGUACUCCUGGCUUUGAGGGUUGGGACUCGUUGGUCCAGAAACUCUGGAGCUUAAAAAAGCAAUCUACUGAGUGUGUUUCGUUUUGUUUAUUCCUUGCUUUUGUCGAUUGAUCUGCCUGGCGGUGUCUGCAAGUGCACCAUGGGGGCUCACCCGCCUGGCUCGGCUGGCAACCACCCCGCGUCCAACUGCAUCAGGACCAGGAGGUCUUGUCAGCCUACUUCCCGCGCAUGUGGCUUCAGGGCAUCCCCACUGACCAGUGUGACCCUGGUUUGAAUAAAGAGAAGUGCGUUUGGAUUAGAA